UGUAAUGCAGACGUUGAGGUCACGGAAGUAGGGACUUUCUAUGAUGAAAUGGUUCGUAAUUCAAAGAAAAUUCGGAUUUUUCAGUUUCUCAACCUAUAAAUAAUGUCUGGAAAGAAAAAAAUUACAUCAAAAGGCUACACGAAUCCACUUAGAAGACCUGGCGAGAAGCGGGAAGACUUGAACACACAGGAGCGCGAGAAGAAAACCCCUUCCCCUUCAACUGAAACUGAUAGAGGUGCUUCUCUUGGGGUGGUGCAAGUGCUUAGUAAUGAGAAGGAUGCAAAGGACAAUGCUUGUCUCGUAAGCCAAGAAACUAAUGAGAAACCUGUGGAAGAUGUUUCUCCCAUUCCUGUGCCAAUAGAUGCUGGAAAAGAUCAAUACCAUGCCAAUACUAAGUUAUUAGGUAGUCAGGAAUCUGAGGAGAUACCCACAUGUAAAGCAGAAAAAGUGGAAAAACCACUGGAUGAGAAAGAAGAAGAAACAAAAUUGCCACAAGAGAGUGAUGUUCAUUCUAAUGCAACAAAAGAAACUGCCAAAACUAAUAAAAACAUCAAGGAGGGUGAUCAGAAAGAGCACACUGCUAUGAAUCACAAUGAAACAUCACUAACAGAAGCCACAAGCAAAAUUUCAAACCUAUCACCAUUUGCAAGAGAAUUUGUCCCUAAGGCUUCCUUUAAUCUGGCAUCUGUAGCCAAAGCCCCUGAAUUUGAGCCUGCAUCAGUUCCACCACAAUUUAGAAGAGCACCACUAUUGCAAAAGAUACACGACACACCAGGAAAUGAACUGAUGAACUGUGUUAAAGAUGUCCUUUUGAGACUGACUCAGAGACCUGGUGAGUCAGGUCAUUAUUUUGAUACUUUGGUUCUUCAGAUAAGGAAACAUUUGGGUUCCCUGAACUCUUUCAGUGAGGUGGUAGAGCUCAUCUUUGAAUACUCAAUAACACAGCCUAACUUCCAAUACACUGCAGCAAAACUUUGCAACAUGUUAUCCAAGGAGGAUACCAUUAUCCUGGAAAGUGGUGAAAAUUUCAGGAGUGUUUUUAUGAAUAGAUAUAGGGAUGAACAUAAAAACAGAGAGGAAGCUCUGAAAAAUCCACAGAAUUUGACACAAUUGCUUGGAUUUGCAAUGUUUGAGGCUGAGCUCUUCUGCAACUACAGGCCCUCAGGUGAACUCUUGAAGGAACUUUACAGAGGACUAUUAGAAAUGUUGUCCACCCUUUUGCAAAACCAUACAGAGGAAUGCCUCGUAUGCAUUGCCAAAAUAUUGAAGAUGACAGGUUAUCUUCUAGAUGACUCCAGAAUUAUGGAAACUGAUAGUGAAAAAAAGCAGAAAGUUGAUAAAGUUUUCUCUGAUGUUGAACAGCUUCUGAAAGAAUCCACACUGUCAGAAAGAUCAAAGAGGUUUCUUUCUCAAGUAAUAGAGCUACGAGCAUCCAGGUGGUCCUCUUGUCCAGCUGUAGGAGCUAGUGGAACAUCAUUUUACUUCCCUUCUGAUGAUGAAUGCUCUUUCUCUCAUUAUGGUCUUGGCCUGGAUGAAUUAUCAAUAGAUGAUGAUUUAAUUCCAGUAACAAAUCCAGAGCAGUGGAAUGAUUACCUUCAUGAUGGAGAGGAUGAUAACGAGCUGCAAGAUGCUUAGAAGUACUAAUUUCCAGAUCAUUUUGAGGGAGAUUUCAGAUGUACCAGUCAAUUUCUCGUCAAAGCUAACAUCAUUGAUUACUAUGGCCCUCGCUUCGAUCACAUUUCUAGAAACUUGGAUACAUUGAACAAAACAGGAGCUUCUGUGCCACAGGCAGAAUUCGAACACGAGGGCUCCGAAAUCGAUCACGGCUUGAAUGACAUUCCCCCAACAGAUUCAAGCUGGUCGUCAAACACAAAAUCACAAACAGAGUUAGAAGAAAUCAACCCGUCCAUGGCUUCAUUGAGUCUCACAACGACUCCUAUUGGUGUACUGUUACCAGUUUGUCUCCUGGCAGUUUUUCUUUCAUGUGUUGUUUGCGUCUACCACUGGCACAGCGUCAGAGAACGAAGAUUAGACUUAGAAGACGAACGAAAGAGAAGAAGUCGGAUCGUCUCCGAUUUUGACACUGGCUGUGUUUUGAGAACUUUAAAGCCAGUUGAUAAGAAAGUUCGAAUGUACCCAUGGAAGUCCACAAGAAUUAAAGACUUGCCUGACAUCAAUAACAACGAUGGAUUCGAGAUUCCCUACUGUUUAGCUGAGAGCAGCAAAGGUCGCCGUCGUCCAGUCAUGGGUCACUUUUCAGAGCCUUACGAGAGGCCUGAAUUGAAAAGGAACCCCAUUCAUAAUAACACUACUGCAUCCACUCGGGAGCUAUCAGACACUCCAACCAGUAGCUGCGUUGUGGCUUCCAUGGAUGAUGACUGUUACAUCACUGGCAUACGAGAAGAAGUUAUUCAUUUGACGCACUUUGAUCUGGAUGGACAAUGGUUCCUUGUUGGAAUACUGGGUGUAAAGUUAACAGCAAAUAAUGCGACAAUCCAACCCUGA